AUGGCUCAGCCACAGCAGCUACAACAAUUGGAGCCAAAGCUACCUCGUCUAGGAAACCCGAAAUGGAAGGAUCCUGAGCGCCGCCAAUCCAUCAAAAUAGAUUCGAGAGUGAAGAUGGAAUGGAGGAUUAAUACUCCUUUGUGGGUUAUGUCUUGCUGGGUGGCAUCGUAUCCUGCAAGACCUUGCCUUACAGAAGCAAUGAUGCAGAUUGAAUUGCUUGUUGACAAUCGAAAGAAUGAUGUGUGGGAUGGAGAGCCUACAUCACGAGGCUGUGCCUGGGAUCGUUCCAUGCAUGGACGAUCAUUCAGUGAUGCCCAGCCUACAAUCAUUUUCAGCUCCUCCAGCAAGAUAUGUCGUCGCAACGCAAAGAAGAUCAUCUAUGAUGAGAGAAUCAAGGUCGAUCCCAGAGGCAUUGGUAUUCAGUAUUACGAGCAUGGGCCCGAGUUGCUCUCUGGACCUCUUGAUAUCCAGGCUGGACUUCGGAACAUAAGCUGCUUUAGUCUUCUUUCAAAUGAGAGAACAGUAGUACACAACAAUGAAGCGAUACAGAACACGUCAAAUCGCCAAACAGAAUCUCUGAAAGUCCGCGAUAAUCUUUUCCUGAAUGGUGCUUUAGUGAAUACCGAGUUCGCAACUUGCACUAUUGGAGGAAUGCUAGCUAUUGGCAAAAAGACGUUUGCAUUGACUGUUGCGCAUGCUUUUGAGCAAAAUAUAUCGUCUAAUGAAGAAGGCGGAGAUGAUUCAGGUCAAGUGGGGACUUUGAAACAGAAAAGGCGGUUGGCAGAGAGCACAUCCUCACAAUCUCUGGAUCUGGACUGGGCUCUGUGUUCAAUUGACUGGAAUCUAUUCACUUCCUCGAAUGCACUGCGAUUGCCAGAUGGUACCAUGCUGAACCCAAGAGAUGUGGCUCAGGGUGACCCUAUCGACACCUCGGUCUGGGUAAAUACAGGUCUGACAGGGGUCGAGAAAGGGUUUGUCAUGGCAGACUAUUCACUUGUUGCACUUUCAGGAUCGAACAAGUUUCAAAGAAUGUGGAUUGUUGUCCUAGACCGUCCUGUCCAAAAUGGUGACAGUGGCUCAUGGGUCUUCGAUUCCACCACAGGAGACUGGCUUGGCCACUUAGUGGCAGGCAAGAUGGGAUCGGAAGUGGCUUACAUGCUGCUUGCCAAAGACAUUGUGAAAGAAAUAUCUGAACAAAAUGGUGGCGAAGAUGUAAGGUUACAUCACGAGCUGGAUUCCGUUGUGAAUUCCGCGGAGAUGAUUGAAGAACCACUAUCUUCUCCACAAUCUAGUGGUAGCAAGCAAUUGCAGACUCCCAAGAAUUCUUUUGGCAUCCACCAAAGCUACGCAGGAACGAAAAGCACUGCAGGAGAAAACCCGGCCAUACUAAAAGAUACUGUCCCAAUUGGGCCCCAACUCAUAAAUCCUGCAGCAAGGAAUAUCACUGGCUCCCCUGCUCGUAUUAGAGCAAGAGAUCCAGAAUUAGCAUCAUCCAUUGACGACCGCGAUAAAGAGGUGCAUGUGAAAGACUAUCCUCAUGGAUGGCCGAGAUUGGCGGCAUUCAUGCAGAGUAACGACAACUUCAUCAUGUUUCGUAAGUUUGAGAUGUUGCAUUGUCGUGAGCUGCUUCAUCUCCAGGGAGAAAUUACCGUACUUGAGCGACAAAGAGUGGCACUCGAUGCAGCAGAUGCCGAGAGCCCUCAUCUCAGAUACAGAUUGAGAACCAACUUUCAUGAAGAAGGCGGUGACACUGCUCACAUAGACCUCAGAGUCAAAAUCAGGUCCAAGCUGUUAGAAUACGAUGAGCUAGUUCUCAAGUAUAGUCAGAUGAAAAGCUUGAGAAAGAGCCCAAAGAUUGAUUUCAGAGAUCUUUUCAACUGGAUCUCGUUGAGAAAGCCACUUUACAAAGGCGAAGAUGACUGGAUAUUUCACGCCGAUGAUUUUGUAUCGCUCUCUAAACAGGCUAUUUGGCCUCGAUGGUUUGAGAUUCUCGAAGACUAUGCAUCACGAAGUCCCAAGAGAGUUUUGCAAUGGGUCAAAGCUAUUUUUCAAAGUCACCGAGACGACAGUUAUGAUCGACGAUAUAACACUAGUCAUAUCAAAGUGAUCACAGCAUGUCUCACAACUGUGGCUGUGGGUAUCCUUCUCAUCCCCGCUAUACUACUUUUCAAGCUGGAUCUCAGCCGAUCUGAAUCAUUAGCAUUGGUAAUAGUAGCAGUUGUUGUUUUCUCGUGGUGUAUAGCAUUCUUCAAUACCAAUGCGAAAAGCUUCACUGCGACUGCAACUUAUUGUGCCGUGCUGGUUUUAUUCUUAAAUAAUCUGGUGCCGGCUAAGAACACCUGAUCUAAAUGGCAUGGGAACCCAAUGUUUGAUAUUGGAGGAGAUAUCGAUGACGGGAAUACCGAAUAACAGAUGAACACUGGAAGGAAAAUCGGG